UUUGCUAAGUAAACCAGUUGCUUGUGAAUUGUGUUGUUGCAAAACUCGUAAUAACACGGCACCAAAAAAGAAAGUACUGUCCAUUAAAGAAAAAUGGAAAUUAUUAAUGUGCUCGAAAAAGAUGAAUUGUCUGUGCGAGAAAUUGCAAAAAACUAUGUGAUGUGCAUCAAAAGUGAAGUUUUCUUAAAUAAGGCGGCUCUGAAAUAGACAAAAUGUACUUUAAUUGGUUUUCUAAGUGAGCAAUGCUAAGAAAACGCAAAGGGGCUGAUUUGAGCCGCAGUACAAGUAAAGCUCGAAACUUGCGAAAUAGCAGAUCCGAAAGAAUAGAAGAACAAAUCCAGCAACAAAAUACUGAUGCACGUCUCAGAAUAGCGCAAUUGCAUCAAGAAGAGCCAGAAGAUACACGAGCUGAACGCAAUGAAGUCAGAAGAUUAGAACAACGACAAUUACGCCGUUUCACAGUCAAUAGACGAAGAACAAAUGACCAACAACGACAACAGAUACAUCGAGCAUUUAUAUCUGAUUCAUUCCUGCGUCUAGCAUUGAAUAUUAUGCUCAUUAAAAAGUGGUAAUUGGUGCUAUGGACAAGGAAUGUCCGCAUUGUCAUGCUCUGAAAUUCAAAAAUGAACCAGCUGGGAUGUGUUGCGCGUCAGGAAAAGUGCAGCUACCUGAAAUUGAAACACCACCUGAACCAUUGAACGGCUUACUUAUCGGCACGGAUCCAGAUUCUAAAAAAUUACCGACCGAUUUCUGCACAAUCGCUGAUUCGCAAGAUAUUCUCAUUGAACAAAUAUUUCCCGAUGCACACACACAGUACAUAAAUCAUGAGUGGCUUUCAGAAAGAGCGAUUUUACGGGAAAAAAAUGUAGACAUUGACCAUUUAAAUCUGAAGAUACAAAUGUUGUUGCCGGGGAACUUGGUAUCAUAUAAAUCUAUUGAUACAGUUUGCGACGACAGCGAAGCAGUAAAUUUUCCCACAGAGUUUUUGAACUCACAAUUAAAGGUUGGAUCUCCAAUUAUCUUGCUUCGUAAUUUGCACCCGCCCCGGCUGUGCAACGGUACGCGAUUAGUCAUUCAAAAAUUAAUGAAAAACGUGAUCGAAGCCAGGAUUUUAAAUGGCAAGUUCAGAGGUGAAAAUAUACUCAUACCACGGACUCCUAUUAUACUUACAGAUGUGCCAAUUCAAUUCAAACGUAUUCAGUUUCCGAUUCGAUUGGCAUUUGCAAUGACUAUCAACAAAUCCCAAGGCCAAACGAUGUCUGUUUGUGGCUUAGAUUUGAGAACACCAUGUUUUUCACACGGACAAUUAUACGUGGCUUGCUCUCGAGUGGAUAAACCAUCCAGUUUGUUUGUGUUAGCUAAAGAUGGACUAACAAAAGAUAUUGUUCACGCAAUAGCAUUAAGAAAUUGAUAUUGUUUAAUAGUGUUA